AUGGCGGCGCCGUCAGGGUCGUGUCCUACCGGCCAGUGGAUGAGGACGUCGAGUCGUGCCAAUGAGAGCAGUGCCGCGGAUAAAGAGCCGUCGCAUUGCAAUGAGCCGUCGCAGGACGCCGGAAACCGCACCGGCGUCGCUGCUUCCCACAAACGACCGAGGGAGGAUGCGGUCGAGGCGAGCAGCAGCAAGGCCAAUCGGGAGAAGAUGCGCCGCGACCGACUCAACGACAGGUUCGUGGAGUUGGCGCGGUCUCUGGAGGGGAGCGGACAGGCGCGCGCGGACAGGGGGAGUAUUCUGGCGGACGCGGUGCGCGUGCUGGCGCAGCUGCGCGCGGAGACAGCGCAGCUGCGGGGCUCCGCGGAGCAGAUGAAGGAGCAGAUCCGCGAGCUCAAGGCGGAGAAGAGCGAGCUGAGGGAGGAGAAGGCUCGUCUGCAGGCCAACAAGCAGCAGCUGGAGGAGCAGGUCCGCCGCAUGGCUGCGUCCGGUGCCGCCCAAUCCACCGCCGCCACGUCAGCAGCAGCCCCAUCAGCAGCCGGCUCUGGUGCUGCCGGUGCUGUCCCCUUGAUGCUGCAUCCAGCCGGCGACACGUCAGCACCGUCCGACGAGUUCCGCGGCGCGGACGGGCGCGUGUACCACUCGCACGACGGGCUCGCCCCGCACUCGCACGAGCCGCUCGACAGCGCGGGGAGCUUCGCGCUGCGCGCGCCGCCCUUGCCGAACCGCGACUUGGCGGAGCGCGCGUUUACCGUUGGAAUCGGCGGGCCCGUCGGAUCAGGAGAGCAGCACAGCCUGGCAGCCGUCACCAACGACAUCUUCACAUCAACCACCCAUUCCGCCCCUAUGCUCCCCCAUUCCCCCGUCCACUCACAUGAAAACGGCCCUAAUGUUGGCCCUCUGCCGCACGCUGAGAGAGCAGCACAGCCUGGCAGCCGUCACCAACGACAUCUUCACAACCACUCAUAUUCCUCCCGUCCCGCACACCCAUUGUCCAAUCCACCACAGAAAUACUGCUCUCAUGCUGGCCCUGUGUCGCACGGUGAGAGAGCAGCACAGCCUGGUCUGGCAGCGGUUACCAACGACAUCUUCACGCAGGAGGACGGCGAGUUCCUCUCAUGCGCUCUGCUUCUCCCCUCCUUCCCUCCCGCAUGCACUCCACUCCACAAAGACUGCUCUCAUGCUGGCCCUGUGUCACACACUCAACGACCAGUACAGCCUGGUCUGGCAGCGGUUACCAACGACAUCUUCAUGCAAGAGGACGGCGAGUUCCCCUCAUGCGCUCCUCUGCUCCCCUCCUUCCCUCCCACGGCUAGCUCCCUCCUUUCCUCUGCACCUCCCUUCUUUGCUCUGCAUCUUCACACCGCCUCAUUCCCCCAUUCAACCCCAACCCAUCCAUCGUGUAGCAGAACGGCCCUCAUGCUGGCUCUGUGCCGCACACUAAGGGACAGCAAGACUGCUCUCAUGCUGGCUCUGUGCCGCACACUAAGGGACAGCAAGACUGCUCUCAUGCUGGCUCUGUGCCGCACACUAAGGGACAGCAAGACUGCUCUCAUGCUGGCUCUGUGCCGCACACUAAGGGACAGCAAGACUGCUCUCGUGCUGGCUCUGUGCCGCACACUAAGGGACAGCAAGACUGCUCUCGUGCUGGCUCUGUGCCGCACACUAAGGGACAGCAAGACUGCUCUCGUGCUGGCUCUGUGCCGCACACUAAGGGACAGCAAGACUGCUCUCAUGCUGGCUCUGUGCCGCACACUAAGGGACAGCAAGACUGCUCUCAUGCUGGCUCUGUGCCGCACACUAAGGGACAGCAAGACUGCUCUCGUGCUGGCUCUGUGCCGCACACUAAGGGACAGCAAGACUGCUCUCAUGCUGGCUCUGUGCCGCACACUAAGGGACAGCAAGACUGCUCUCGUGCUGGCUCUGUGCCGCACACUAAGGGACAGCAAGACUGCUCUCGUGCUGGCUCUGUGCCGCACACUAAGGGACAGCAAGACUGCUCUCAUGCUGGCUCUGUGCCGCACACUAAGGGACAGCAAGACUGCUCUCAUGCUGGCUCUGUGCCGCACACUAAGGGACAGCAAGACUGCUCUCGUGCUGGCUCUGUGCCGCACACUAAGGGACAGCAAGACUGCUCUCAUGCUGGCUCUGUGCCGCACACUAAGGGACAGCAAGACUGCUCUCGUGCUGGCUCUGUGCCGCACACUAAGGGACAGCAAGACUGCUCUCGUGCUGGCUCUGUGCCGCACACUAAGGGCGUAUCCAGCUGGAUACGCCCUAAGGGACAGCAAGACUGCUCUCGUGCUGGCUCUGUGCCGCACACUAAGGGACAGCAAGACUGCUCUCGUGCUGGCUCUGUGCCGCACACUAAGGGACAGCAAGACUGCUCUCAUGCUGGCUCUGUGCCGCACACUAAGGGACAGCAAGACUGCUCUCAUGCUGGCUCUGUGCCGCACACUAAGGGACAGCAAGACUGCUCUCGUGCUGGCUCUGUGCCGCACACUAAGGGACAGCAAGACUGCUCUCAUGCUGGCUCUGUGCCGCACACUAAGGGACAGCAAGACUGCUCUCGUGCUGGCUCUGUGCCGCACACUAAGGGACAGCAAGACUGCUCUCAUGCUGGCUCUCAAGACUGCUCUCAUGCUGGCUCUCUGCCGCACACUACGAGACAAGUACAGCCUGGCAGCGGUCACCAACGACAUCUUCACGCAGGAGGACGGCGAGUUCCUGAUCAAGCACGCCGCCCUCUCGCCGCCCGGCCGCAUCCGGGCGGUGGAGACGGGCGGCUGUCCGCACGCCGCCAUCCGGGAGGACAUCAGCAUCAACCUGGGGCCGCUGGAGGAGCUUUCCUCUGAGUUUAAGGCGGAUAUGCUGCUGUGCGAGUCAGGCGGAGACAACCUAGCGGCCAACUUCAGCCGAGAGCUAGCAGACUACAUCAUCUAUAUCAUCGAUGUGUCGGGCGGCGACAAAAUCCCCAGGAAGGGCGGCCCGGGAAUCACCCAGGCAGACCUGCUGGUGAGAGAAAAGGGGGGGGUAGCAGACUACAUCAUCUACAUCAUUGACGUGCCGGGCGGCGAUACGAUCCCCAGGAAGGGCGGCCCUGGCAUCACCCAGGCAGACCUGCUGGUGAGAGAAAAGGGGGGGGUCCUCUCUGGUUCCUCCGCACCCCUCCUUUUCCUUGUCUCCCUUCCUCUUCAAACCCCCUUCUCCCCCGCCCUCUCCCCAUUUCCCCCCGUUUCCUUGUCUCCCUUCCUGCUCUGUGCUCUCUGCUGCGUGCAUUCUUCCAUGCUGACGUGGCAUCAUCAGGUGGUGAACAAGACUGACCUGGCGCCGGCGAUCGGUGCUGACCUGGCGGUCAUGGAAGCGGACGCGCUGCGCAUGCGGGAUGGGGGGCCCUUGGUGUUUGCACAGAGGGGCGCGUAUGUUGCCAGAGUGGUGGAUGCUGGUGGGAUGAUGGGAAGGCGGGUCGCUGGUGUUUGUGCAGGCGGAGCGGCGCGUAUGUUGCCAGAGCUGUGGAUGCUGGUGGGAUGCUGUGAUGGCGGCCCAUUGGUGUUUGUGCAGGUGGGUGAAUGGGGGAGAGGGGAAUGGAGGGACAGAGGGGCGCGUAUGUUGCCAGAGGGGCGCGUAUGUUGCCAGAGGGGCGCGUAUGUUGCCAGAGGGGCGCGUAUGUUGCCAGAGCUGUGGAUGCUGGGAAGGCGGGCCGCUGGUGUUCGUGCAGCCAUAUGUGCUCACAGCAUGGAGUGCCAGCCAUAUGUGCUCACAGUAUGGAGUGCCAGCCAUAUGUGCUCACAGUAUGGAGUGCGCUCUGCAUUGAUGCAUCGCAUGCCUCUUCCCGUGCGUGCACCUAUCCCAUCCCUCAAUGCAGGUGAAGCAUGGAGUGAACUUUUGAGGCGCCUCAAAACUCCUCCCGUGCGUGCACCUAUCCCAUCCCUCAAUGCAGGUGAAGCACGGAAUGGGGGUACCAGCUAUAGUGGACUAUGUGAUCACAGCAUGGGGUGCCGCUCUCACAGCAUGGGGUGCCGCUCUCAUUGCAUGCAUGAAAAUAUACCAUCCCCAUGCAUCCCUCCCAUUCAUCCGCCCAUCCUACUUUGCGGGCUCCCAUCCCUCCCCUCAAUGCAGGUAAAGCAUGGGGUGGGGGUACCAGCCAUAGAGGACCAUGUGCUCACAGUGAAGCACGGGGUGGGGGUACCAGCCAUAGUGGACCAUGUGCUCACAGCGUGGUGUGCCGCCACAAGCCAGCCCAGGAGGUGCUCACAGCGUGGUGUGCCAUCCUCGCAGGUGAAGCACGGGGUGGGGGUACCAGCCAUAGUGGACCAUGUGCUCACAGCGUGGUGUGCCGCCACAGGCCAGCCCAGGAGCCCAGAAGUUCAGAUGGCAGCAGCGUCGUCAGGGACUCUAAACGGCCUGUCGAAUGGCGGCGCCAGCCACGCCGCCAUUCGCGGCCCACGCUUCGGCACCUACAACCGACGUGGCACGUCUGUCUCCACCGCGUCGCGUGCGACACUGAUGAGAUUUCGAGCCGCUGGCGACACGUGGCAAUCGGCCACCGCGCGACAAUGCGGGUGGUCCAGCGGGGAGAUUGGGGGAGGAUGGGGAAACGGCGGGAUUGCCGGAGGAUUGCGCAGGCGCGCGGAACGGAAAGGGGGAGUAUCUGCAGCGGUAGGGGUUGCCGGUGGGGGGGGAGUGGUUGUUGUAGCGGCGGCGGGAGCGGAGCAGUCGCCUUAUGACGUGCUGGGAGUGGCUCGAGGCGCGUCUCAGAAGGAGAUUAAGUCCGCGUUCCGGCGGCUGGCCCUUAAGUACCACCCCGACGUGAAUAAAGCGCCCGACGCUCAGGAGCGUUUUGUGCGCAUAAAGCAGGCGUAUCAGACGCUCACAGACCCCGAUGCUGCUGCCAACGCCAAGGCGCGCGCAGCCUCGCAGCGGCAGCAGCAGCAGUGGGCGCGGAGCAGCAGCAGCACCAGGGCGAGGGGGGGUUAUGGUGCGCAGUGGGACGCGGAUUUCAGUGGCCCGUUUGACCCGUUUGAUGCGUGGAAAGGACUAAAGAACAAGCCAGAUGACUUCUACAGCCUUGGUGAGCAUAUGGCUUGGUUCAGGUCAGGAGGUCUAUGGGAGGGUAUGGGCAUUGGGAGGGUAUGGGGCAUUGGGAGGGUAUGGGGCAUUGGGAGGGUAUGGGGCAUUGGGAGGGUAUGGGGCAUUGGGAGGGUAUGGGGCAUUGGGAGGGUAUGGGGCAUUGGGAGGGUAUGGGGCGAGAGCGGGUCGGGAGCAGGUAUGGUGCGCGUGGAGGGGAAGGGAGGGGCGCAGUGGGAUGCUGAUUUCAGCGGUCCGUUUGAUCCGUUUGAAGCAUGGAAAGGGCCAAAGAACAAGCCACAUGAAAUUUACGGCAUCGGUUGGUUGCGGGGAGAGUGUGGGUCGCAGUGGGAUGGUGAUUUUGGGGCUGUCUCUGCUGCAUGGAAGGGACCUGCGAACAAGGCAGAUGCCUUUUACAGGUUCGGUGAGUGCAGUGGUGGGCGGGUGGGGUGGACGCGUGCCUGCCCCCUGCACAACGAUUUCUUCAAGGAUCUUCAGAAGGACUUUGAGGAGAAGCAGAAGGAGCGCGGCACCGGCAAGCCCAAGAGUCUGUGGGAGGAGCUGGCGGUGAGUGUUGCAGGGGAUGGGGUGGAGAAGCAGAAGGAGCAGGGGGGCAAGCUCAAGAGCCUGUGGGAGGAGCUGGCGUUGAGUGGAAGAAGCUGUGGAUGGUUAUGGAGCAGUGUGGAUUGGUUGGGCUGGUUUGAGGCAAUCCGUCCCUCCUCCACCUUCCCAAACCCCUUCACCUCCAUGCUCCAGUCCUUACCAUUGCAGGAAAGGCCCUUCCCGAUCGCACUCUUCACUGUUUUUUUCCUCAGCUGCCACGAGAUCAGUGAAAUGGUAAGCAGUGGACAGAGAGUGUCCUUUCCCACUGCUGGAACCGCCUCGGCCAAUCCCCCUCUUCACACCAGCUACCUCCUUCGUCAAGCCAGUGGGGCUGCUGCAGAGGCUGUGAGCGGAGGAGGAGCAGGAGGAGGAGUCCGAGGAGAGGUGGAUGAGACACGCACUGCAGCUGCUGCAGCUGCUCUCACUGCGACUCAAGCUGCACCACCCGCUGCUCGCCUUUGCUCCCUCCUUCCCACCCUGCUGUGCCUCUGA